CAAAGUCAAUAUUUUGCCGCGAACAGGUGAACUUGUUUAUACAAGAUUCUGGAUAUUUUCUUUUAUUUUACAUUGAUCUUAUAAUAUAAAUAAUGAAUGAAGAACAGUUAUUGACAUUCUGCAAGGAAAUUAUCAAAUUAAAAGAACAAUUAAAAUGUCCAAUUUGCCUUGAUAUUAUAGAAGAAACUGCAGAUUUAGAGUGUAACCACAGACUUUGCAAUGAUUGUUAUACUAAACAAAAACAUAAAAGUAAUGAAUGUCCUUUAUGCAAAGCCGCUAUUACAAGACGGUCACUUGCUUACAAAGAUGAAUUUGCAAAUAUGCUGGGCACCUUCCUUUCCAAGAUCUGUAAUAAAAUAGAGACUGCAAAAAAAUUAACAAUCGAAGAAAUAAUACACUAUGAAAUGGAAGAACCGUUAAUUAGAAAAACUGCAAGGCACACAAGUACACAACUUGUAGAGUGCAAAUCAAGUCCAAAAUUUAUUAGUACAGAUUUACCUAAAAAACGAGUUUAUAAACCUUUAGUAAAAGAUUCUUCCUUAAAUAAAUCAUCAGUUGUUCAUGAUCGACCAUCAUGUUCACAAGAAGAUCCUUUCGAUAAGUUAAUAAAAAAGCCACAAGGUUUGUGGUUUAACAAAAAAACUUCAAGAAUUACAUACACAAGAAGGAAAAAGGAUAAGCAAGAGGAUGAAGAAUAUAAGAUUUUAGACUUUCAAAAUAACGAUACAAAAAAUGCUGUUAUCCAAUGGUUACAUGAUAAUAGAAAUAAAUUUAACAGAUUAACUCAAACUCAAUGCUAUGAAGACUUUGAGGAACCUGAAGAAGUUUUUUCCAUAGAUCUUCCAUCUGUAUCACAAGUAAACCGUAAAAGUAUUAAACAUAUAGAUAUUUCAUCUAACAAAUCAGAGAAACAAAACAAAAACGACUCAAAAAUGAAGAAGAAUAGCAAAUCUAGGGCAAGAUCAUUGGAUCGUGAUUUGAAUAAAUCAAAAAAAAAUGCCACUCGCCUUUCUGAUUUUGGUCUUGUGGAGAAUUAUAAUAUUGAAGAAUCUAACACGGAAGACAUGUUAAAAAAAGCAGAAGAAAAUGUUUUAAUAAACAUAAUUGAAGACCAAUAUUUGAAUAAACUAGAAAAUGAACUGCAGAAAAGCAGUGAAAAAAUUGAAGCAAAUGAACUACCUAAAGCUGAGUUGAGCAACAAAGAAAAUGAAAGUCUUACUACUCAAAGUUCAGCAUCUGGGUGGAAACGAAUUGAGAAAAUGUCAAAAACUUUAAACAAAAAGGGGAAGAGCCCAAAAAAGCUCAAUAUUACGUUACAGUCUUCACAGAAUGCAAAUCUUGGAAAAGUUUUAAAGGUACAUUUAAAAAAUGAUGAUCUCCAUGAUAAAGGCUCUAAAAAUGUUAAUUCGGUACCCAAAGAUAUUGAAAUGGAAGAUGUAACUGCAAACUUUUCUAAACAGGAAUUAGAACCUAAUUUUGGCAUUAAUUCUGACAAAAAGGAUUUAUCGAAUGUUAGCUUAAAACAAACUGUUAAUGUUCAAGAAAUCAAAGAUACAAAUAUCCAUUCUAGAAGCUCUAAUGAAAGACGGAAGAGUCCAAUGAAUACAAACAAUCAAGAACAAAAAGUACAAAUUUUAAGUGAUGUAAUAAUCCACAAAGAAGACCCCAAAGACGUAGCAAUAAAUAUAGAUUUCUAUUCAUUACCAACACAAAAACUCAACAAUUCCAGUGAAAAACGCGACCAGAAAACUCCUGAUCGAUCCAAUACAAAAAUGGACAUAUCCCAGUUAUCAGAUUCAAAUGAUUCUAUUUCAGAACUAACUAAUUUCAGUGACGUCAUGGAAAAUUUGAAAAACAAAUUAGAAAGGUGUCUCGAAAACGUAGACAAGAGCAAGAAUUUUACCAAAAGGAACAUAGAAAGUAUUCAGAAGCAUUUGGAGAAGUUGAAUGAGUUUUAUUCGGGCUUUCAACAAAAUAAGAUUACAACAACUGACACUGGCGUUCAAACAGAUGAUUUGGAGUGCCAGGAGGGUAUGUCAAGAAUUAACAAUGCAACUGAUACUGGCAUCCAAACAGAUGAUUUUAAAUGUCAGGAGUGUUCUUCAAGAAUUAAUAAUACAACUGAUACUGGCAUCCAAACAGAUGAUUUUAAAUGCCAGGAGUGUAUAUCAAAUAUUAACAAAGAAAGUUUAAUAAACAAUAAAGGGCGUCGAGGUAUAGACAUAGCUACUCAUUAUUCUUUACAAGACAUGGAAUCGCAGUGUAAUAUUACUGAUUUACUUGUACGCGAUUGUUCUCAAAACGUACGCGCAGAACAGCCAAAUACAUUGGAAGAAAAUCAAUUAGAAAAAAUGAGCGGCGAAGGAGUGAAAUCAAAGAAAUCGCAUCAUGAUGAUUUUGAAGGAUAUUUUUCAACAUUGGAUGAUAAAGAAUUAGGAAAAAUUAGUGUAGACGGAGUACAAUCACUAAAGAAAACACAGAAUGAUGAUUUUGCAGAUAGUUUAGAUAUUUUAAACAUCGAAACUCAAGCACUGGAAAAGCAGUAUUUAUCGAACAAACAAGCAAAAUCUCCCGAUAAACCUAUCGUUAUAAUUGACGAAAUCGAUCCGGUAGAUCAAAAUGCCAUUCCAUCGUCUGCCAAAAACGAUCCCAACGAGUUGAUUUGUUCGUUAAAAUCGGAUUGUUUAAGAAAAAACGUUGGUAAUGCCAGUACUAAAAGAGCUCUAUCAGAUAGCGAUUCGUCAGAUAUCGUGGUAACUAAGAAAAGAUGUAAUAGGUUUAUUCGCGAAGAUCUGUCAAUUGAGUUUGACGCAUCUGAGAAGCCGAAUUUUGAUAAAACCGAAGGAAUCGUAGCGGGAUUGUCGCUUGAAUCUGAUGGAGAGAACGAUGAGGAAUACCUCGACAGCAUUCUAAAGAAAUACAACGGUCCUGCAGCACCAACAAUAGCAGACCAACCAGUUGACGAAGAUUGCGACGAUAUCGUUGCUCAAGUUAAGCAAAACAUGCAAAAUCUCAAACGAAAAUCGAAUGACAGCGUGGGAUCGUCGUACAAAACGGCUUCACCCAAUUCUAGAAACGGCUUGGACGACGACAACUUCUUUUUGAACAAACACAAUCUUUCUAAAUUAGACAGCGACAUCAAGAUGCAGACGGAAUUAAAAAACGAUACUUGCGAUAUUAUUACGGAAACGGAAAACUUCGAACCUUCGCUCAAAAAGCCGAAAUUGAAGAGUUUAGACACCGCUUUCGACAAAGGCGAGUGUCCUAAAUUAUCAAUGGGCGAAGAAAGUCAUCCGUUAAGUCCGAUUAAAAAUAACAAAGGUACUUUUUGCCCAGAACUUGAGGAUAGUUUGGACGAUGUCGAUUUCGAGAAUAUUUUGAUGGAAGAAAAGGUGAAGAAAAGUGAAAGUAGAGAUAUUGUUGUAGGAAAAUCGAACGAAGAUGAUAUGUUCUCUGACGAGGAUGUCGUAGAGACGACUCCGCAAAAAUCAAAAUCAAUCGUUGAUAAAAGAUCGCCAACAAAUAUCGCCAUCAAUCUAUCAAAAAUUUUUUCUGUUGUGGACGAUGUAGACAAUGCAUUUGAUGCAUGUUUUUUACCACUGGCACCACCACCAGGUUUCGAAGACGACAAUGACGAUGACACUCCUGCCGACAUUACAAUUAUCAACGUAAAACCAAACGAAGAAAAAGAAGUUACAACUCCAACAGCUACGCCUGAAAAAAAUUUAGAAAAUAUACAGAACAUGAUGACUCCUCUCAAAGUAAAAUUAAUAAAAAUGCAACACAGCACCCCGUAUUCUCAAUGUAAUACGAACGCGAGCACUUUAGCAAUAUCUCCGAUCGUUCUAGAAAAAUCCCUAUUCGAAAAAGCGCAAGAGUCUCAUAACACCAUCAUAGCAAAGAGUAGUGAAGACCCAUCUCGCAAAAGAAACAGCAUUUUAACUAGCGAUCCGAAGCAAAAAAGCAUUUUGAACUACAUCAAAACGCCUGCUGGUUCCCAACCGAAGCCGAAACCUUGUAUCGCUUGCACGAGACUCACUAAAGAUCAGACGCAGAGUAUUUCUCUUCUUACGAACAAAAAGUUGGCUACUUACAGCGCCAAGUUUAAUGAUACUGUGACGCAUAUGGUGGUGGCCGUUGACGAAAAUCGAAAGAUAAAGGAUUAUACCAUGAAAUUCGUGGCCGCUGUCGCAUCAGGGUUAUGGGUGAUCGGAUUCGAAUGGGUCCAGGAGUGUUUGAAGAAAAACGCGAUAGUACCUGAGGAACCUUAUGAAGUCUUGGAUGAUUCCGGUAAUUCCGGGCCUAAAAUCGCAAGAUUAACUAGACAAGAAAAUCCGUUGUUAAAAGGUUAUCAAUUUUAUUGCGUUAAAUCCUUAUAUUCCAUCACAGUUGAGGAAGUUGAGGACGUCAUUACCAAACUUGGAGGGACCACGGUGCGAAAUUUGGAAAGUUUACUCGAAAAUGAUGGAAAAACUAAAUUAAUAAUUACUGAAGGUAGAUCCACACAGGAUUUUGAAGUCUAUGAAAAAUGGUUGGAAACAUAUAAAAUUGUCACUGUGGAUAUUGAAUGGUUGAGCAGGUCUGUGGGUCGAUAUAAAAUUUUAAGCGUUCGACCCUACAUCUGGUGUUCUGAUGACAUGUUGGACGAACUGGGAUAUCCGCCAUAUUUGAUUGAAGCUUCAUCAUCGAGUUCGUUUUCUGAACAAAUGUAGCUAUUAAGUAUUUAUAUACGUGAACGUAUAUUUUACUUUUAAGAAUGAAAGUUUACAUUAUCAC